AUGUCGAAAAGAUACAAGGAAAAAUUGGUCGUAAGGGGGUUCACGCAAAAAGAAGGUGUCGACUUCAAUGAUGUGUUCUCACCUAUUGUAAAGCAUAUAUCCAUCGGAAUGUUGUUAGCUAUGGUGGCGAAGUUUGACCUAGAACUUGAACAGAUGGAUGUCAAUACUGCUAUCUUAUAUGCAUUAUCUGCGCCCUUGUAUGAAACUGCAUGCUCUUUAACAGUUCAAGAUGCCAAUAUUUGCUUGACGUUGUUGAAAUCCGACUCAAGGAUCAUUUCAGCAACAAACUAUGAUGAUCUCUCCAAGUAUAUCUUGGAGCUGGCAGUAAAAGAGUCAAAUGCAGUUCAAGAUUAUAUGGUCAAUCUGGCAAGUGUCUAUUUCAGUGAUCUAGCUAUUACAGAAUGUGCACAGCAAAUUUACCCUAAGAUUAUUGAAGCAUUCAAAAGGGCAUUGGGUGAGUUUGAUAAGGAUCCUCAAAGUGCAAAAAAUGAUAUAAAAGCUGCUGGUAAUGGGCCUGGGGAUUGUGAGAAAGUAAUUCAAAAUGAAGGGAAACAUAAGGAUCUAUCAACUAAAGAUCAAAACAGCAGUAGUAGUAACACGCACAGGAAAUUGGACACGACAGUGAAGGUGACUGAAGAGAGACCAAGUCUUGCAGCAAUUGGGGAAGCAAGCGUACAUACAAAUCCAGAUCUGAAGAAGGAUGUAGCGAUACCAGAGAAGCCUCUACCAUGGGUGGAGAUAAUCAAAGGUAACCGUGUUCCUUCAAAUGGUAUAGAAAUAUCGUACACAGCUCCUGAUGUAGUGAAUGGGGAAAUUGAAGUUAGUAUUGACACUCAGGACAUUGCCUCUGAACUUCAAUAUUGGGAAAAUUCUCUAGUGAUGUAUGUUAUAGGGGAAGAUCUUUCCAUGAAUGCUGUUAGGAAAUUUAUGCUUAACAUGUGGAAUUUCAUAUCCCUGCCGGAGCUAUACUACAACAAUGAAGGUUACUUUAUCAUUCGAUUCAAUUCGAAGAGUGAUAGAGACAUGGUCUUAGUGAGGGGGCUAUAUACCAUUCAUAGGAAACCUAUGUUCCUUCAUGAAUGGAAAGCUGAUUUCAAAAUGCUGGAUGACAUGAUUAGAACUCUACCCCUAUGGGUUAUGUUUCCUCAGCUACCACUGAUGUUUUGGGGUGAAAAAAGUAUAGGAAAGAUAUCUAGUGCACUGGGAAAGCCGCUUAUGACUGAUGAGUGUACUGCCAAGAAAUUGCGUGUUUCGUAUGCUAGGGUGCUUAUUGAGAUAGAUGUAACAAAGGAGUUGCCACAAUACAUCAACAUUCGAGAGCCAUCUGGGGUGCUACUUAGACAGGAUGUGGAAUAUGAGUGGAGACCACAAUUCUGUACUAAAUGCAACAAGGUUGGGCAUGAGUGCAAAGAAAACACUACCAAGGAACCUGUCAAAGGGGAACAGAGGUGGGAACCAAAGCCAAAACAACAGCCAAUUGAGAAAAAGAAUGCUGAACAAACAGUAGUAGCAGGAUGUGCAAAUGAAGACCCUAAGGAAUGGAUAGAGGUGAGAUCCUCAAACAAAAGCAAGGGAAAGGAGAUAGAUACUGAUAGCUUGAAUGUGAAUUUUCAAAAUAGAGCAAGACAUGUGGAGAUUGCAGCCCAUCUCCGGAAGUAUAAGGUGUCUUGUGCUGGCCUUUUGGAAACUCGAGUUAAAGAGGCAAAUGCUAAUAAAAUUAGAAAAAAAAUUUCUACUAAAUGGCAGUGGAUUGACAAUUACAAGGAACACACUAAUGGGAGGAUUUGUUGGCCCAAAGAAAGACUCUAUGGAAUAGGCUUCAAAGUUACUCAAGAACCUUGGAUGAUUCUUGGGGAUUUUAACAAUGUGAUGCGAAUUGGAGAUAGAGUUGGAGGGCACCCUGUGCAGAGCCAUGAAUUGAGUGACUUGGAAGAAAUGAUGUCCACUAGUGAUCUGUUUGUACAUGAUAGCACAGGUAGUAGGUUUACAUGGUCUAACAAGCAUAGCCAUGGUUUAAUUUACUCAAAAAUUGAUCAUGUUAUCUGCAAUGCUAGUUGGUUUCUACGGUAUCCCAAGAGUGAUGUUGAAUUCUGUCAAGCCCAUAUAUCAGAUCACUCCCCUAUUAUAGUUAAAAUUGCUGGAAGAGAGAUAGAACAAAUGGCCCACAGGCAAUUUAAAUUCCUGAAUUGCAUAGCAGAACAACCACAGUUUGGUGACAUUGUUACUAAUAGUUGGAAUAGCAGAAGUACAAGGCAACCUCAAUACCAAUUAUGGCAUAAGCUUAUGAGACUCAAACCUGAGCUCAAAAGGCUGAUUCACAAGGUGACAGAGGGUGUAAGAGAUAUUCAGAAUGCAAGACAACAACUGGAACAAGUUGAGCAGAAACUGGCACAGGAUCUCUUCAAUAUAAACUAUCUACAAGAGGUUCAAUUUUGGUCAAAGGAAGUGAUACAAAAGACUGAGUGUGAAGAACAAAUACUGAAACAGAAAUCCAAGGUCACCUGGCUGCAGCUUGGAGAUGGAAAUACCUCAUAUUUCCAUGCAAUUGUGAAAGGAAAAAACAAACAGACUGGCAUACAAAAAUUAGAAGACAGCACUGGCCAGAUCCUGACUGAGCAUAAAGACAUAGAGAUGGAAAUCCUGAGCUUCUACAAAGGUUUAAUUGGCACUACAUCUCACAGAUUGAAACAUGUGGAUAUUGUUGCCUUGAGAACUGGAAGUCAACUGGCUGAAGAGGAUAGAAUGGACCUGGGUAUUGGAGACAAUAAAGCUCCUGGGGAAGAUGGUUAUACUGCCAGAUUUUUCAAAGCAGCAUGGAACACUAUUAAACAGGAUGUGUGCUCAGCUAUUAGAGACUUCUUUGAGAAGAAAAGAUUGCAUCCUGCACUUAACUGUGCACUAGUUACCUUGAUUCCUAAGUCACCUGAGGCAAAGAAUGUGAAGAACCUUCGACCUAUUGCCUGCUGCACGACUGUGUAUAAAAUUAUUUCAAAGAUUCUUACCAAGAGGCUCAGCAAAUGCAUCAACAAGAUAGUACAUGAUAGUCAGUCUGCAUUUAUCCCAGGCAAAGUUAUUCAGGAUAACAUCAUCUUGGCUCAUGAACUUUUAAGGGGCUAUAGUAGAAAGCACAUCUCCCCUAGAUGUGCAAUACAAAUGGAUAUACAGAAGGCCUAUGACACUGUGGAGUGGCAUGCCUUGGAGAGCAUAAUGAGAGAAAUGAGUUUCCCUCCUACAUUUGUUGAUUGGAUCAUGAUCUGUGUCAGGACAGUCUCAUAUAAAUAUGUGAUCAAUGGUAAGCCUAGCCCUAGUAUACAAGCUAAACGUGGUUUAAGACAAGGGGAUCCCAUCUCUCCCCUUCUCUUUGUGCUCAUUAUGGAGUACUUGCACAGAAGCUUGAGAAAACUACAAUACACACCUAGCUUCCACUUUCACCCGAAAUGUAAGAAGUUAGGCAUCACUAAUCUAUGCUUUGCAGAUGAUCUAAUGAUGUUUUCUAGGGGAGACCCAACUUCUGUCCAGACUAUGAUGCAAGAAUUUCAUAAAUUUUCAGAGGCUACAGGGUUAUGGGCAAGUCAAGCGAAAUGUAAGGUAUACUGUGGAGGCAUUAAGGAGGCUGAUCAACAACAAAUACUACAAAUCACUGGCUUCUCUGCUGGAAGCAUCCCCUUCAAAUACCUAGGGGUUCCACUCUCUAGUAGAAGGCUUACCAUUCACCAUUGCAGGACCCUUGUGGAUAGAAUACUUGCCAAAAUCCAACACUGGACUGCCAAGCUGCUAAGCUAUGCUGGCAGAUAUCAACUCAUUAGAAGUGUAUUGUUUGGAGUCACAUCCUACUGGCUGAAUGUCUUCCCAAUUCCAAAAGGAGUACUCAAGCAUAUAGAGGCUAUGUGUAGGAGUUUCCUUUGGAAGGGUAAUGCUGAGGCCACAAGGAAAGCACCAGUUACUUGGGAUAGUGUGUGUAACCCAAAGAGAGCUAGGGGACUGAAUAUUACAUCAUUGAAGGAGUGGAACAUAGCAUCCAUGGGCAAACUCUUCUGGAACAUACAGGCUAAGGCAGACAAACUGUGGGUGAAGUGGGUCAAUACAUACUACUUAAAACAUGCUGAUGCACUGGAUUGGCAGCAUAAGAAUUGUUCUUGGAUCUUAGCUAAUGUUUUUAAAUGCAGGGAUAAAAUAAAGAUGACUGCAGCAUGGAGUACUUGCAUGUUAACUGGCAGUUACAAAACUGCUUCCUUCUAUGAUGAGAUUCGAGGAGAUAGAGGACAAGUUGACUGGAAUUUUUUGUUGUGCAAGAAUUUUGCUAAACCUCGCGCAAGAUUUGUGUUAUGGCUGAGUCUGCUAGGCAGAUUAAGUACUAAGGAUAGACUGAGGAAACAUGGUAGUGAUAUCGAUGAUAAAUGCGUUUUCUGCAACAAGGAAGAAACCUUAAACCACUUAUUUUUUGAGUGCUCUGAUACAAGGCAGACCUGGAGCAAGGUGUUAUGCUUCAUUGGCUAUCAUCGUAUUCCCCUGGGCUGGAAUCAAGAAAUGACAUGGGCUAUAGCUGAGACAAAAAGAAAGGGUUGGCGCAGAGAUUUAUUGAAGAUAGCCUUGACUGAAUGUGUGUAUGGCGUCUGGAGGCAACGUAAUGACAUGGUUUUCAACCAUACACCCAGUGAUCUGCACCUUUGGAAAUUGAUUGUUCAAGAUAUCUGUAUUCGCAGCACUUUACACAAGAGAAUUAGACAUCAUGUUAAUUUAGAAACAAUGAGUAUAUCACCUUAA